AUGGGCCGCAAGUAUAAACUCACUGAUAAUCAGAUCAAGAGUUGCGCCCUCGCAAUCAACGGUGUGAAGGCGAUUAGGGUCUGCCUGCCCCGGGGUGCUCCCCUCGAACACGCCACAGCCCCAACCUCGGCGGUGAAGGGGGAACCCUCGCUGAGGGGCGGGCACUGCCCUGCGCUCGGGCCGCUCCGGCCUGGAGUGCGGGCAGGGCCGUCCGCCUGCCCCACUCUCGGCGCGGCCUGCGCGGCCGCCGCUCCCUGGCAGCGCCUCCAAGGCCGCCGCCGCCGCCCUCCACGAUUGCCUCCCCCGGCCCCCCCACGGCCGGAGCGGAGCCGCGGCCGCUCUCCGGCCGCCCGGGCGGCUCCGCACUGGCUCCCCCCGCAGGAGCCAGCGGGAGCAGCUCGACCCCACUGCCCGUCUCGGUCCCAGCGGAUCCCUCCCUCCCUCCCUCAGCGGACAACAGCGAGCGGGCCCAAGGACCCGGCCCGGCGCCGGGCAUCCACCCCUCCGCGGCCGGCAGCGCGCCUCGGGCCGCAUCUCCUCCGCACCGCCCCCCCGCCCGCUCCCAUCCCCGGCAGCUGCACGGCUCCCGGCCGGCGGAGGCAGCGGAGGAGCCAUGGCGGCCUCUGCCUACCUGCGGUGCGCGGGGCCCGGCCGGCCCGACCCUCCCCGGGGAGCCCCCGGCCCGAGGUCGCUCUGCGCCCCGCGGGGAGCUCGUACGCAGCCCCGUGUCGCGGGCGGCUCCCGUGGCCGCGGCGGGGCCUGGGUGGCCGCCGCUCCUCUCGCCGGCUCCGCGCUGCCUGCGCCGCGGGCUCGCUCGCUUUGCCGCUCGAACAAUGGGGCCCGGGUCGCGCUGGGAGGGGCGCAGGGAGAACCGGGGUGGGCGCCUCUCUGCUCCGCCGCCGCCGCCUCCUCUUAAGUGCUGCCGACCGCCGCCAUCACGCCGCCGCUCCGCGCAGCCUCCCCCUCCCGCGGUCGGAUGGAAACCCCGGGCGUGAUGUCAGCCCUGCGCCCUGGGACCGACCGGCAGCGGGAGGAGGAGCCUCGGCCGGGGGUGGCGGGCCGCACCGCGGGGCCUCGCACAGCGCGGCGGAGGUGGGCCCCGGCCGGGCGCUCGGGGAGCUAGCGGGGCUCGGCGGCAGCGCCCGCCCGCCAUCCUGCCGUCCCUCCCUCACUGCCUCCCAGCCUGGCGCGGGGAAGGGGCUCCCAUGGCGGUGUGCGGGCGCAGGGCGCGGCCCAAGGGGCGCCAUGGCCCGAGCGCCGCCCGGCGCGGUUCCGCGCUGCGCGGCGCGGGAGGUUGUUUGGGGUUUGUCGGUGUGAAAUCACAGCCCGGCGACAAACGCGGCCGCGUUUCUCAGUCCAGCGACGCUGUCAAAAGUGGUGUCGGGGCUUGCACUGUACCCUGGAUGGGGGCUGGCCUUCCUCCUUGAGUCCAAGGAGAUACGCCGGGACCUACGCCCAUGCCUUGCAAAGUGGUCAGCGUUAGUUUAACGAGACUCCCGGUAGUUAUCAGAAAAAAAAAAAACAAACCAAAACCCCAAAAAACACACACACAAAAAAAGCCGUUUAAGUUGCGUGCCCAAAAGCUCCCAGGGCGGCAAAGGAAAGUAGCAGCUGAAUGAGGGCGUGCUGUAAACAACACCGCGCUGGGAAGAGGAAGCAACUUACCUGCCCUCUGCCAGGCGCAGGCACACCCGGUCAUAAGGCUCUGUCGCUGCAAGAGGAUUAUGGGGACAUUACUGCCUGACGUCUGGCACCAGACCUUUGAACACCUGCAAGGGUGCAAGGAGUCAGAUCACCAGGAAAACACUGCUCAUCAACGAAGGGAAGCUUGAAGGAAGCCAGUCACCGUGUGGGUAUACGAGAGGAAGGUGGUCACAGCAGCUAUCAAAUCAGUUCAAGCUUGAAGAGUUGUGUUGACCAGGACCCAACAUCAGAGCCACAGGCUGUCAGCUGGAGACCUCUGGGGCCUAUAGCUUACCUCAUGGCUGCCCUUCCAGGGUGACAGUGCUCAGUGGAGUGUGGACAGCUGAUGUACCCACUACCCUUCAACUGAGUUGCUGGAGUUUCCUGGAGCCUACCAAGGAGCCUUCAGCCCACCUGGCCCAGUGUGGAGUUGGCUGUCAUGCACUGAGGCACUGCAGAGGCCAGAUGAGGCAUACACACGAGCCCAGCUCUCAAGUACUACGUAGGAAAUUACCACAAAAUCUCAGUGGGGGAUGGCAGAGAAAAAAAAUAUACCUGUAGAGUUAAAAAAAUUGCAUUAGGAAUUGGUCAGACAAGAAAACUGCUUCAAAAUUUACAAGAAUGAUAUAAUUACACUAUGUUUCUUACUGAAGAACUUAAGUUUGCCCAAAUCAACUUGAACGAGAAUAUUUUGUGAUAGACAAGCUCUGCAAGAGCAAUGGACUGAAGUAUAAAUUCAAGAGUCUCAAAAUGAAAGUAACUGUUUUAAAUUAAGAAUCCCUUCCUCACUGGGGCCUCACCACCCAGCAAGCUGAACAGUGUUAAAGAUUAUGGAGAUUGAGAAGAAAACAAAGGUAACAAAAAAUAACUUAUUUUAUAGAAUUAGCUAAAAGAAAAAUAAAUGGAUUCAGUUCUAGGAGAAAAAGCUAGUCUAAACUUUUUGUCAGUUUAGCCUGUGGGCCAUUUUCAGACUAACCUUGUUAGAAAUGAGUUUGGGUUAAAUCUGGUACUUGCUUAGGUCUUGUUUACACAUACAGCUCAUCAGAAGUAGUUAUGUCAAAAGAAUUUUGUGUAAGAUACAAAGUCUUGUUAGAAUUAA